AUGUCGGAAGUUGGCCAACCUCGUCAAAUCCGUAUCGACUUUCCCGAAGCGGAUCUGGAUCGGCUGCAGCGCAAGCUCGACGAUGCCAGACUGCCAGACCAAGAGAUCACCGGCGGUCUCAAGCCGUGGGAGUAUGGAACGGAGCUAGUCAAGCUUCGACAGCUCGUCAAUGAUUGGACAAAUGGAAACCCGAAGGACAGCAUGCGUCAAUCGGUAGGAUCUGCCAGACAGGGAGUCAAGGCGUGGUGGAAGGGCGUCGAGUCGCAGCUCAAUCGCUUCCCGCACUACACGGUGCAGAUCGAAGGUCUCGACAUUCACUAUCAGCACUUCAAAUCUCCCUCAUCUAACAAUGACGCUGGUGCGCCCGUGAUUCCAUUCAUCUUCUCCCACGGUUGGCCGGGAUGCUUUACAGAAGCAUUCCACUUCGCCUCGAAGCUGGUCGAAUCGCGAGCUCCACGAUUCGAAGUCAUCGUGCCGAGUUUGCCCGGAUACGGACUGUCGCAAGCACCUCUCAAGAAGGGCUGGACGCUCAAGGACUCAGCCCGAGUCUUUGACACGCUCAUGACCUCGGUGCUGGGUUUCAAGUCGUACAUGGCACAAGGUGGUGAUUGGGGAUCCCUCGUAACGCGCUUCCUCGCCAACAGUCCGCACUGCACGAUUGCGCACAUCAACUUUGCUCCGCCUCAACCACCCAUCUGGACCAUGCCAGCUCUGAUCCUUGAGCAUGCAGGCUUCAAAGGCGUUGCGCCCAAAUCACUCGAAUUAAUGGGUUAUCAUCCGCAAGAGGUGCAAGGCAUCAAACGAGCUUUCGAGUACCAAGAUCAAGGAAAUGCCUACACCAAAAUUCAGGGCACCCAGCCGUCGACGCUCGGAUACGGCUUGUAUGACAACCCCGUCGGUAUCCUCUCUUGGAUCAUGGAGAAGUUCCACGCUUGGUCGGACCCUCGUUGCCCCGCAUUCACAACCAACUCCACCAACCAAUUCUCCCACUCGUUCAUCAACGAUCAAGAGAUCCUCACCACCGUCAUGAUCUACUACCUCACAAACUCGGUCCACACCUCCUUCCUGCCUUACAAAGAAUCGAUGCAGCUGUUCCAGAAACCAGACUGGAAGCUGUGGGAGCCAGCCAAGCACAAACCGUUCGGCUAUUCGAGCUUCCCUUACGAGCUCGCUGCUGGUCCGAAAAGCUGGCUGGCAAAGUAUGGUCUGAAUUGGCAGUACUACAAGAUGCACGAUUACGGUGGUCAUUUUGCUGCGCUGUAA